GACGGCUCUCCGCGGUCUCUAGGAGCUGUGAGCCGGUGCUCCGCUGUUGCACGAGUCCCGCGCUACCCUGGUGGGUUUUCUGCCGAGCUGGGCUCGGAGGAGCCGAGGAGAGACUGUCUGUCCCGCCUGCCCGGUCCGCACCGCACUUUUCCGCUCCACGGUCUUAGGUAUGGACUUCCUUCAGUAUUUAGCCUUUCUCUUUGUCCUGCUGUCUGGAACAGACACCACAGGCCCUCUGAAGCCCUUGAACCCAAGCCUCAAGAUUUAUAAGAAAAUGUUCGAAGUGAAACGUCGGGAUCAGCUGUCAGCACUGAAGAACCUGGUGCAGCUGAAUGAUGUUCACCAGCAGUACAAGAUCCUUGACAUCAUGCUCAAAGGACUUUUUAAGGUGCUGGAGGAGUCCAGGACAGUGCUCAUUGCUGCUGACGUACUUCCAGAUGGGCCCUUUCCCGAGGACGAGAAGCUGAAGGAUGCUUUCUCCCAUGUGGUGGAGAACACGGCUUUCUUCGGCGAUGUGGUACUGCGUUUUCCCAAGAUUGUGCACCAUUACUUUGACCACAACUCCAACUGGAACCUGCUCAUCCGCUGGGGCAUCAGCUUCUGCAACCAGACAGGCGUCUUUGACCAGGGACCCCACUCACCUAUCCUGAGCCUGAUGGCCCAGGAGCUGGGGAUCAGCGAGAAGGACUCCGAUUUCCAGAACCCAUUUAAAGUAGGCCGUGCAGAGUUCGUGCCCAGCACUGACUCUUUCCAGAAGGCCCUGAGGGAAGAAGAGAAACGCCGGAAGAAAGAGGAGAAGCGGAAGGAGAUCCGGAAAGGGCCGAGGAUCUCGAGAUCCCAGUCUGAGUUGUAGUCCUGGGGCAGCUCAGAGCUCAAGGAACCACCAGGAGGCCGGUCGGGCGGAAGAGGUGAUGGCCACGUGGCUACGGCUGCCCAGAGUCCUGCAGUAUCAUGGAUCGGCGGUGAGGGUGAGCGUCGUCCGCUGCCAGACGGGGACACCACCUUCCCCCGGUCCUCAGGAGCGAAGUUGAGCCCUGACCAAAGAGACUGAGUCUCAGGGGGUCUGGUUUUCCUCCCAGGGCCCCUCAGGAAGGGGCUCUGAAGGGACCUUUAGAAGAUACUGUGCUGCAGACACAACCCUGUGGGGACUCCUAGAGGAGGGAAGCGGUGCUCGCGGCCUGGGCCCCUGCUAGGUGACAGCUGAUGUCCGGCUGGCCACCACGCUUGUGUAAAAGCGGAAGAACCAUACCUUGAAGCCAAGUAACAACACCUGCAACGCCUGUAGCUGAGCUCCCAGCCACAGCUCCCAGCUCUCCACAGAGACACAAUAAAAGCCAGCACACACAUUGGCCUACCAAGGUUGGUGGAGGGGAUCAGGGGCCCUCUGGGAGUUUUGAGACCAGCUUGGAGGAUGUUGUUGCUUCUUCAGGAGGAGCCCCGAGCUGUGAGGGCUAGAGAUGUGAGAAUGUGGUUUCCGCACCAGUGUUGAGGGGGGCCCAGAAGUGUCCUGACUAGACAACCUUGACACAACAUGAUCUCUGCCUUUAGCUAUCUGGGGACAAUCAUCUAUCAGGCACAAGAAACAGUCACCUUGUCCUCUGUAGCAAUGCAACCUGUUGGCCGUAGCUGUAGGGAACCAGCUUCUGGGGCCUGUGCUUUGUAAUGGCAGGGCUGCCCUGAACCAGACUGGUCAGACGGCAAGCUUGUCUCAGGAGGUUUGCAAGCAGAGUGCCAUGGCCACAGGGCAGUGUAGUUACAGGCCUUAAGCCCUGCGUGGGAAGCCUGGUUUCUGUGGACCUCAAUGAGGGUAGAUGCCAUUCAUUCCCAACCCUCCCAAGCAAGAAGGGAGGGGCUUCAGAGGAAUUCAAGCCUUGCCCCUCUGACCUUGCCAAGUCCAGAUCUGCUUCUUAAAGGUGCAGAGAUAGGUCUCACACACCUACACCUACACGCACACAACUCACCUCCUCUCAGUUCCCAGAUAAGACCUGAAUCUUUCUGCCCGUCAGUCUUGCUGACUGACCUUGGCCCCACUUUUCCUUAUCUGUGCUGUGGCUUCAUUGGUAAAAUGAUAUCUAAAUCCUCAGCUGUUCCCUUGAAGCUACUUUCCUCCUUGCCAGGAGGCAGCCAAGGGGAGGAGGGGAGGGCGGCUAGGUCCUAGGAAGGCCUCCUGAAGAGCCCAGAACAUCAUGCAUCCCUUCAAUCAUUCAGGAGAAGUCUUGAGACUGGAAGCAGCUGGGAGGAAGGCCGGAGAAGCUUUCCCAUUAGAACUGCUCGGCAGCCAUCUGAUCUGGGAGUAGGUACCUGCAGCUCCCAGUUUGGGAGUCCAAAUUGUCUGGCCUGAAAGACCUGGCCUCCUUCCCCAGCUCUGUCCCUUUUGGGCUAGGUGGCCCCAGCCACUUCCCAUGAAGACUAUGAGGAUCGAGACACUAGUUGGUGAGCCACUGAAUGAGAUUCACUAACACCUGCCUUGGUACUGGCAGGUGGGGCGGGCACCAGCCCCUAGGUUCUUCCCUGCCCUCUUCAUGCGGGACAGGGGUCGUGGUUGCUGACUGCUGGGAAAGGGCUUCCUCGACCUGAUGGAAGAGCUUUCCAAGAACCAGGCCUGGUUGGCAGUGGACCCCGCUUUCUUGGGGGUGAUGAGGAGAUGAGAAGAUGCCUCAGGCCAGUGCAGAGGCGGUCAGCUUUGGCUAGGGGUCCUGCUGAGACGUCUAGGUGCGCUGACAGCAGGAUGCUUUUCAUUUGAGGCCGGUCUGGAGAAGUGAGAGAAGCAGCCCAGUGUGGUGGGAAGACCCGGGCGGCUUGGGGCUGGCCUAGGCUCCGGCCCUUGAGCCAGGCACACCUCACUUGGAUCCUUGGGCCUCCAAUUUCAGACUGCUCAGACAUUUGGGAGGAAAAGCUCCUGUGGGCAGAAAGUACCUAGAAUUUAAGAGACUACUACAACAAGUGCCUAAUGGGUCUUUGUUCAUCCUACAGAUUUGAGAACCCCACUGUACUUAGGACCCAAGAGCCCAUUGUUGCUUCUUACAUCUGGCCCAUCUGGCCCCUUCUUCCUGGGCCAUUGCCUCUCUACUCUCGGCCUCUUUCCACCCCAGAUGGCCAAGGUUUUCCAUCUGCCAUCUCCAAAGAAACGUAGCCGUUCUGUUUAUCCCUUCUCUCCUGUGAGCUUCCAGUGUUGAUUAUUUUAGCCAUGUACUCUGGAAAUGCACCUUAGUAGUCCUGUGCAAGCUGUGACGGCCCAAGGGAAGGUAGUUGUGAAGGCGUGUGUUUCUCCAGCCUCCUCCUGAAGAUGGGAUUCAACCAUGCAACUGUAGCUCCACUGAUUGGACAUACCCAGCCUGUUUGGGAGUUGUGCUGGUGCUGUCCCUGGCCAUAGAUACCAAGAAGAGCAGCGGGUUCUACUGGCCAGCCCAGUAACCAUUGCCUAGGAAUGCCCACGAUGGCGACUGAAUUGUAUUGUAUAAGCAGUAUUGGCAUUGUGGUCUUGGACAUUGUUGCUUUC